AUGUCGAUCGCGUGCUCCCCCUCCACGCGCAAAGCCACCCCGAGACGUCGAUGCCGAUCGCCGCGAUCGGACGCGCAGCUAUAUAAAGCGGCCGAUGCGGCCCUCGAGUCAGCACACAGCUCGCAGCCAGCCAGCUUCCACCACCUCCACUCAGUGCCUCCGCCGCCGAACAGCACCGUCGCCAUGGCUUUCAAGGUAAUCGACGCCGGGCCGUUCGAUCGGAAAGUUGCCAGAGACGUCGUGAGGAGCGGCGAAAUGGGGAAAGGGGUGCGGCGCGACGCGUUGGGAAAACGACCCGCAGUUUUGCAACCGGUCAUGUUUGUCGUCCUCGCCGCCCUCGUGGCCGUGGCCAACGCCGGCUACCUCGGCGGAUACGCCGGUUAUGCGGCGCCCGCCGCCGUCGGCUACGCCGCCCCCGCCUACGGCCACGCCCUCGCCACCCCCGCCAUCACCGCCCAGGCCUCCAACAUCCUGAGGACCCCCGGCAACCUGGGCCAGGUGUCCACCUACUCCAAGGCCAUCGACACCCCCUACUCCAGCGUGCGCAAGUCUGACGUGCGCGUGAGCAACGACGCUCUGGCCUACGGUGCCGUCGCCGCCCCCGCCUACGGCUACGCCCGCGCCGCCUACGGCGGUGCCUACGCCGCCCCCGCUCUGGCCGCCCCCGCUCUGGGCUACGCCCGCGCCGCCUACGGUGGUGCCUACGCCGCGCCCGUCGCCCGCGCCGGUCUCCUCGGCGUCGCCUACUCCGCCGCCCCCGCCGUCGCUCACGUGUCAUACACCGGUCUGGGCGCUGCCUACGGCUGGUAAACACUAACCUCUUCACCUCUCAUCGUCUUCACAAUCGCCCUCCAUAUCAUGUCUUAAUGGCUUUUAUUUAUGGCUGCUCAGCAUUUAUAAA